AUGGAAUCCAAGCAUGAAAAGUGUAUAGUCCAGACUCAAAAUGGAUGGAUUUGUGGAUACAUUGAUAAAAGAGAUGAAGGAACAUAUUACAAAUUCAAAAGUAUACCUUAUGCGGAACCGCCUGUUGGAAAUCUAAGGUUUAAGCCUCCGAAAUGUCUAAAGCCUUGGAAAAAUAUACUAGAUUGCACAAAAGAUGCACCAUUACCACUAUCAAUCUAUGUUAAUCAAGAGGUGUUUGGUUCUGAAGAUUGUCUUUAUAUUGAAGUAUCCUCCCCAAACAUUAAACCUGACAAACCACUUCCUGUCAUGUUUUGGAUUGGAAGCUGCAACUUUGUUGUUUAUAUAGAUUCUAUUCUUGACCCAACUCAUUUAAAUAAUCAGGAAGUAGUUUUUGUAAGAUGUGGAUUUAGAUUGGGACCAUUUGGAUUUCUGUCAAUAAACGAUUUUUCUGCACCAGGAAAUGUUGGAUUAAAGGAUAUUAUUUUAGCAUUUAAGUGGGUUCAAGCAAAUAUUAGUAACUUUGGUGGGGAUCCUAACAAUGUAACUGCAUUUGGAAGUGGUACAGGAGGUGCAAUUGUACAUCUUAUGACAUUAUCUCCCUUGGCGUGUGGUCUGUUUCAUAAAGCCAUUGUUCAAAGUUCUAGUGCCCUUAAUGGAUGGUCUCUAGCUAAGAAUCCAGUUGAAACUGCCAUGACCUUAGCAAAACAUUUGGGUAUAAAGAAAACAGACAAAUUUGAAGUUGUUGAAGAAAUGAGAAAGUUAUCAGGCUACAACAUUAUGAAAACCUAUUGCACUUACCUUUUUGAUCAAUACCGAGAAGAGAAUGAUGUAUUUGAUUCACCAUUCAAGCCUUCUGUAGAAAAUGAAUUUGAAGGUCAACCAACAUUUAUGAGCAAAAGUCCAGCUACAAUACUUAAUUCUGGUAAGUUUAAUAAAGUUCCAAUGAUGAUUGGUACCAACAAUGUGGAAGCUAAGGUGCUACAAUAUAUAACAGACGAAUUUUAUAAGGAUUAUAAUAAAUACAAUGAGGAUGUCAAACAUCUGGUUCCUAAAUCAUUAGCAAGUGUAAACAGUGACAGUCUAAGAAAAAUUGGCCAACAAAUAUUAUCAUUUUACUUUGUUGGGGUAGAAAAAGUUAAUGAACAAACCCAAAAACAGUACUUACAGUUUCUCACAGAUUACUAUUUUCAUUAUUACUUGGACAAAACAAUACGAAUACAUAGCAAAGUUUCGCCUGAGUGCCCUAUCUACUACUAUGUUCUCAAUUAUGCUGGGGAAUGGCUGGUGCCUAAAGAAUUAGAAUUUUUUAAUACUAUUGGACAUGCUGCAGAGCUUCCAUUUUUAUUUCGAAUAAAAUCAUCAGAUGGCUCUUUUUACAAGGGAAGUUGUGUUUCACUCACCACAAGGGAUAGAUGUGUCAAACUGUGGACAAAUUUUGCAAAAUAUGGAAAUCCUACUCCUACAGAUAACGAUGAACUUUUACAAAUCACUUGGGAUUCUGUAGAGAAUGAAAAAAGGUUAAAUUUUUUGAGUAUAAGCUCAGAUUUAACAAAAGGAAGAAAUCCAUUUUAUAAUCGUAUGUUAUUUUGGGAAAACAUACAUAAGGAACAUAUUGUUCUUAAAGUUAUCACACAUAUGAAUGACAUGGGGCUGAAGUUUUAG